AUGGCGUCUAAAGAAACCUGCAGAACCGAACUCCGUUCCGCCGUACGAAUCCUCAGCGACCGCUGUCUCUACUCUGCGUCCAAAUGGGCAGCGGAGCAAUUGAUGGGCAUAGAGCAAGACCCCACAAAGAACACCCCUUCGCACACUCGAUUCCAGCGUGGAAGCUCCAGCAUCCGCCGCCGGUUUCGAACCGCCGCCUCCGGCGACCCCUCCGCCACCCCUUCAGCUGGGGUGUCCUAUGUGUCCACGCCGUUGAUGGCGGGGGUAGAGGAGUAUGAUUAUGGUGCCAUUGAUAACGAUUUUUAUUUGCUAGCAAAGUCUUACUUUGACUGUAGAGAAUACCGCCGGGCGGCCCAUGUGCUCCGGGACCAGAUAAGCAAGAAAGCUGUAUUCCUACGCUGUUACGCCCUUUAUUUGGCUGGGGAAAAGCGAAAAGAAGAAGAGAUGAUAGAACUGGAGGGGCCCUUAGGCAAGAGUGAUGCUGUGAAUAAAGAAAAUGUUUCCCUUGAGAGGGAGUUGUCUACACUUCGCAAAAAUGGAACAAUAGACUCCUUUUGUCUUUACGUGUAUGGCCUUGUCCUUAAGGAGAAAGGCAGUGAGAAUCUUGCAAGGACAGUGCUUGUUGAGUCUGUAAACAGUUAUCCUUGGAAUUGGAGUGCUUGGUCCGAACUACAAUCCUUGUGCACUACGAUUGAGACAUUAAAUAGUCUUAAUCUUAAUAACCAUUGGAUGAAGGACUUUUUCCUUGCCAGUGCAUACCAGGAACUCCGGAUGCAUAAUGAAUCCUUGUCCAAGUAUGAACAUCUACAAGUAACUUUCAGUUUUAGCAAUUAUAUCCAGGCCCAAAUUGCUAAAGCUCAGUAUAAUCUGAGGGAAUUUGAAGUAGUCGAAGUUAUAUUUGAAGAGCUUUUAAGAAAUGAUCCAUAUAGAAUUGAAGACAUGGAUAUGUAUUCCAACGUCCUCUAUGCAAAGGAAUGCUUCUCUGCUUUAAGUUAUCUUGCCCACAGAGUGUUUUUAACAGAUAAAUAUAGACCUGAGUCUUGUUGCAUUAUUGGAAACUACUACAGUUUGAAGGGGCAGCAUGAAAAGUCAGUUGUGUAUUUCCGGCGUGCACUCAAAUUAAAUAAAAAUUAUUUAUCAGCUUGGACCCUCAUGGGUCACGAGUAUGUCGAGAUGAAGAAUACCUCAGCUGCAGUUGAUGCCUAUCGGCGGGCUGUGGAUAUAAAUCCUUGUGACUAUCGUGCCUGGUAUGGGUUAGGACAAGCUUAUGAGAUGAUGGUAAUGCCCUUCUAUGCACUUCACUAUUUUAAGAAGUCAGUAUUCUUGCAGCCAAAUGAUUCUCGACUGUGGAUUGCUAUGGCUCAGUGUUAUGAAACCGAACAGCUUCAUAUGCUUGAGGAGGCAAUCAAGUGUUACAAAAGGGCAGCUAAUUGUAAUGACAGGGAAGCAAUUGCUCUGCACCAAUUGGCAAAACUUCAUUGUGAACUUGGUCAUACUGAAGAGGCAGAAUUUUAUUACAAGAAGGAUUUGGACAGAAUGGAAGCUGAAGAGAGAGAAGGACCAAAUAUGGUCAAGGCUUUGAUGUUUCUUGCCAAACAUUGCAAAUCUAAGAAAAGAUUCGAGGAAGCAGAAGUGUAUUGUACUCGUCUUCUUGACUAUACUGGUCCAGAAAAGGAAACUGCAGAGAGUAUUCUUCGAGGAAUAAGAGGCGAAAAGUUGGACGUUGAGCAUUUCCCGUCCUAA